AUGGCGUCCAACUAUACCUACUCAUUCUUUUGGGUCUCUAAGAUAGAUGGCAUCACCAUCCCCGCUCGGAAAUAUCGAGACCUACGCUUGAAGGCGCUGAAGACUUCAUCCGAUUAG